CCGGGAUAGUCGGGGCACGAUAGCGCUUGGCGACACGCUUGCCGCCAUCCCUGAGGCCGCGGAAGACGCCGAAGUAGUUGAAAUCGGUACCAGCGAUUCGCUUCCGAACACUGCAAAGUAUGAAAAAAGGUGUACUAUCUCUGUAGAUGAGCUCCUGCGUACAAAGAAAAUCGAUCUAGGUAAGAGGUGGACUUUAGAAUAACAAUUGAAUUCUAUCAUGAGGAUCUUGAAUGCAGUCUUUAAAUUCCAAGUCCAACGUAAAUAGAAGCUUUGACGCUCUUGUUUUCUGCCUUCAUUGCAGCAAGAAAAAGGGGACAAGUUUGUCGACAAAGACGCUCUACAAGGAUUUUGAUGAGGAAAAAAAUGCGAAGAAUAAAGAGGGCAAAGUCUCAGGUUGCAAGGUGAAAGUAGUCACGGCAUCGCGGGAUAUCCUCUCAGUGCCUUUUGCUGACGUUUGUUCCAAAGUAGGAGAAGCCAUCAAUUUUGAGUACAAUUGCUAUCGUGUAAACAGGAGUGGCGCGGCCAAAGACGCAGACCAAGCAGCAAGCAGCGACCCGAAGGACGGUGAAGAUGCUGGUAUGAUGAUGUUGCUAGAUGCAAGUGGUUUUAGAUUCAAAAUGUGAAGACUCUAACAUGAGAAAUCGUUCCAUUCAUCACGUGAAAAUACGCCACUCCUUGGUCCCCUCCUAUAUUGAACCACGCACAACCCCGGACGGCGAUACAGUUGACCCAUAAAAUCAAAAUCUUCUAAGUCAUAGACCUCAGGCGGUGGUGUCGACGCGAGCGCUUCCUCAGGCACCCUUCUCGAAGACGAUUUUCAGCCUGAAAUGCAAGAUAGCAAACAAUUGCGGAAGCUACGGAACGCCGCAGCAGCGGAGAAGGCAAACCAGGAGCUUUUCGCGAGUGUUGAGGAGGCGGGCGCGAACGACAAUG